AUGUCUAGCACAAAGACAUACAUCAUAACUGGCGCGAAUCGAGGACUUGGUCGUGGCCUUUUAGAAGCUCUGAUUCAACGACCAAACACCACAGUUAUAGCUGGCGUUUGA